CUUUGUUUGUUUGUACGCCACACUGAGUCACUUGUUAAUCCAUCUUUAAUCCAUUUUCCACCAGGUUAUAAAACAGGCUGUUUCACAAGGUUUCAUAUGCAGACAGCUGGUGUAAAUUUCUUCCUGUUUUUUUAUUAAAUCACUUCGGACAACUUUGGUGAUGCACAUUGCCCUUUGUCCUAUGUCAGUUUGAAGAUAGUGGCUCAGAAGAUUACUCUGUUUCCAUGCACCACACAGCGUAAACACAUCCGUAAAGAUCACAGAGAGAGGAAAGAGGCAUAGCAAAAACCUACCAAGCAAAUGUAGCUAAUCUAGCUAUCAAAUUCCCACAAGGCGGAAGUCAAAUACUGUUCCUGCCCUGGCUUGCCCUCCCUUCUUUCUGCCCUUCUCUCCUUUGAGCAGUCAAACAAAGAAGCUACAGCCUACAGCAACAUUCUCAAACCGAGGAACCCAUCUCAGUGGUGGGUGUGUGUGUGUGUUCACAGGGCUGAUCUAGGUCAGAGGACAGUAGUAUUUGUCUGCCCAUGAGAAGGGAAUUACGACCUCUAAAAUGAGUCUCUCUGCAGAGAGAGAGGAGGGGUACAGUUUUUCAAAAAAUAUUGUCUCAGGCGAGAAAGAGGAGCAGGAGAGACCCGUGUCUCCUGUACCCAGCUGUGUGUCCAUGAAGAGUGACAUGUCAAUCGAUGCUCCAUAUAACUUCAGUAAAGAACCAUUGUCCAGUGAACAGGGGGUCCAUCAGGAGAGACCAGCGUCUCCUGUAACCAGCUGUGUGUCUAUGAAGAGUGGCCAGUCUAUGGGACCACCAAUCAACUUUUCCAGUGAACAGGGGAUCCAACAAGAGAGACCAGUGUCUCCUGUACCCAGCUGUUUGUCUAUGAAGAGUGACAAGUCUAUGGACCUGCCAAUGAGGUUCAGUAAUGAACCACUUAUGUCAAAUAAAAGGGUCCCUCCACUCCCUCAGCAGAUACAGGACUGUCCUCCUUCCUGCACUGUGUCCAUGGAGCCAUAUGAAGGAGCGAAUGUCUUACCCGUAGAUCAGAAAAUGCACCAAAAUGUCAGUGCUGAGGCAGAAAUUCAAGAGAAGCUCAAAUCAACUCUGAAGAAGAGAUUUCAGUGUGUUUUUGAGGGACUAGCACAGCAAGGAAACCCUACACUUCUCAAUGACAUCUACACAGAGAUUUAUAUCACUGAAGGUGGAAGUGGAAAGGUCAAUAAUGACCAUGAGAUAAUACAGAUUGAGGCAGCAUCCAGGAGACCAGCAACACAAGAUACACCAAUCAAAUGUAAUGACAUCUUUAAACCCUUACCUGGACAAGACAGGCAUAUAAAAGCUGUGUUGACAAAGGGAGUCGCUGGCAUUGGAAAGACCAUUUCCGUGCAGAAGUUUAUUCUGGACUGGGCCGAAGGAAAAGCCAAUAAGGAUAUUCAGUUCAUAUUUCCACUUCCUUUUCGUGAGCUGAAUUUGAGGAGGACGGAGAGAUGCAGUUUGAUGGAACUUUUACAAUCUUUUUUCAUGGAAAUUAAAGAAUCCAAAAUGAUUAACUAUGAUGAGUGCAAAGUCCUGUUUGUAUUUGAUGGUCUGGAUGAGUGUCGACUCCCUCUUGACUUCCAGAACAAUAAGACCUGUUUUGAUGUCUCAGAGUCAACCUCAGUCGAUGUGCUGCUGACAAACCUUAUUAAAGGGAAUCUGUUACCCUCUGCGCUUCUCUGGACAACCUCCCGACCUGCAGCAGCCAAUCAGAUCCCUCCUGAGUGUGUUGACCAGGUGACAGAGGUACGAGGGUUCAAUGACCCACAGAAGGAGGAGUACUUCAGGAAGAGAUUCAGUGAUGAGAACCUGGCCAGCAGAAUCAUCUCACACAUUAAAUCCUCAAAGAGUCUCUACAUCAUGUGCCACAUACCAGUUUUCUGUUGGGUUUCAGCCACUGUUCUAGAGAGAAUGUUGGGUGAAGCAGAGAGUAGAGAGAUCCCCAAGACUCUGACUCAAAUGUGCACACACUUCCUGAUCUUUCAGACCAAACAGAGUAGUAAAAAGUAUCUAGGAGAAGAUUACAAUGAUCACCACUGGAAUACAUUAAUGAUAAUGAAACUGGGGAAACUGGCUUAUCAACAGCUGGAAAAAGGUAAUCUGAUCUUCUACGAGGAAGACCUAAGAGGAUGUGGCAUUGAUGUCACAGAAGCAUCCGUGUACUCAGGAGUGUGCACACAGAUCUUUAGAGAGGAGAAAGGGCUGUGCCAGGGGAAGGUAUACUGCUUUGUACAUCUUAGCAUUCAGGAGUUUUUAGCUGCUUUGUAUGUGUUUCUCACAUUCAAAAACAGCAAUGUAAAUCUUCUCUCUCAAGGUGUAAAUAUUAAGACAAUGUCAGGAGAAACACCUGCAUUGUUUCUACACAAAAGUGCAGUGGACAAGGCCUUACAAAGUAUGAAUGGACACCUGGACCUGUUCCUCCGUUUCCUUCUGGGCCUAUCGCUGGAGUCCAAUCAAACUCUCUUACAAGGCUUACUGUCACAAACAGAAAGCAAGUCCCAAAGCAGUGAGGAAACAGCCAAGUACAUAAAGAUGAAGAUCAGGAAGAAUCCCUCUCCAGAGAGGUGCAUCAACCUGUUCCACUGUCUGAAUGAACUGAAUGACAUUUCUCUAGUGGAGGAGAUUCAAAGCUAUCUGAGCUCAGGAAGUCUCUCAAAAGCUGAACUGUCACCUGCACAGUGGUCCGCUCUGGUCUUUGUUUUGCUGACUUCAGUGGAGAAGCAGGAUGUGUUCGAACUGAGAAAGUAUUUCAGAUCAGAGGAGGGUCUUCUUAGGCUGCUACCAGUGGUUAAAGCCACCAGAACAGCAAUCCUGAAAGAUUGUAACUUGACUGAAAGAUGCUGUAAGUCUUUGGCUUCAGCUCUCAGAUCGAACUCUUCUUCACUGAGAGAGCUGGACCUGAGUGACAAUAAACUGCAGGAUCCAGGAGUGAAGCUGCUCUCUGAUGGAUUGAAGAGUCCAGGUUGUAAAUUGAAGACACUGAGGCUGAAGAGCUGUGGUACCACAAAGGUUGGCUGUGCUUCUCUGGCUUCAGCUCUAAGGUCAAACUCCUCACACCUGAGAGAGCUGGAUCUGAGCAGGAAUAUCCUUGGAGACUCUGGGCUAAAGCUGCUCUCUACUGUACUGGAGGAUCCACACUGUAAACUGGACAUACUGAGCCUUUCUGGUUGUGGAGUCACAGAAGAGGGCUGUACUUCUCUGGCUUCAGCUCUGAGGUCAAACCCCUCACACCUGAGAGAACUCGACCUGACUGACAACCAACCAGGAGACUCGGGAGUGAAGCUGCUCUCUGCUGUCCUGGAAAAUCCACAGUGUAAAUUGCAAAAACUGAAGCUGUAUAACUCUAAAACCACAGAGGAAGGAUGUCAUUAUCUGGCUUCAGCUCUGAUGACAAACCCCUCACACCUGAGAGAGCUUGACCUAGGUGGAAAUAAGUUAAGAGACUCAGGAAUUAACCAUCUCUCUGCUGCACUGAAGGAACCACAAUGUAAACUGGAAACACUUAGGAUGUUAAGCUGUGGAGUCACAGAGGAGAGCUGUGCUUCUCUGGCUUCAGCUCUGAGGUCAAACCCCUCACAUCUGAGAGAGCUGGACCUGACCAACAACCAACCAGGAGACUCAGGUGUGAAGAUGCUCUCUGCUGUCCUGGAGGAUCCACUCUGUAAACUGGAAAGACUUUCGCUGAAAUGCUGUAACCUCACUGAGAAAUGCUGUGGGUCUCUGGCCUCAGCUCUCAGCUCAAACUCCUCUAGUCUGAGAGAGCUGCACCUGAGUCACAAUAACCUACAGGAUUCAGGAGUGAAGCUGCUCUCUGCUGGACUGGGGAAUACACACUGUAAAGUGGAAAAACUGGGGCUGUCAUGUUGUUGGGUCACAUGGGAAGGCUGUGCCUCUUUGGCUUCAGCUCUGAGGUCAAACCCCUCACACCUGAGAGAGCUAGAUCUACAAAUGAAUAAACCAGGAGACUCAGGGAAGAAGAUGCUCUCUGAUGUCUUGGAGGAUCCACUCUGUAAACUGGAGAAACUUACUGUAUAAUGUACUCUGUACAACGUUUUUGACUGAUAAAACUAUUAUGGUACAUUU